AUUCCCAGUCUGUGGGCGGAUGGAGGAGACAGAAAAGCCCCGGAGAUCCCUCAUGAGGAGGAGCUGCAAACCCAGCCCAGGGAGCUGUGAGGAGGAAAGACCCUCCCUGAGCCGGGAAGGCGGCCGGAGAUCCAGGCAGAGCUCAGAGCUGGUGGAGAAGCCUCCUGGAGGGGAGAAGCCCCACAAGUGCUUGGAAUGUGGGAAGGGUUUCAGCUACAGGUCCAAGCUGAUCCGGCAUCAGAUGAUCCACACUGGGGAACGGCCGUGUGAGUGUGGGAAAUGUGGGAAGAGCUUCCGUGACACCUCCAACCUCUUGCGGCACCAGGUGAUCCACACAGGAGAACGGCCCUACACCUGCUCGGAAUGUGGGAAGAGUUUUGGGCAGAGCUCCAACCUGAGAGCACACCAGCGCAUCCACACUGGGGAGAGGCCCUACGAGUGUCCUGUGUGUAAUAAGAGGUUUCACACCAGCUCCAACUGCCUCAUGCAUGAGCGGAUUCACACAGAGGAGAGGCCCUUCCGCUGCCCCGACUGCGGGAAGGGAUUCAACCAGAACUCCAACCUCACUGCCCACCAGCGCAUCCACACCGGGGAGAGGCCCUACGAGUGUCCUGAGUGUGGGAAGAGCUUCUCCACGAGCUCUAACUUGACCCAACACCAACGGAGGCACCACUAAGGGAAGCCCUGAGAGUGCCCUGAGUGUGGGAAGAGCUUUGUGCUCUGCUCCAGCUCCAUCCCCCAUAGGAGGAUCUGUUGCAGUGUUUCU